ACGGCAAACGAACGUCAUUAUGACGUACCCUACGUGGUGACGACAUCACGCUGCGUGCGAAACUAUGGCGGCGGUGCGGCUGCUGCGGGUGACGGGAGCCUCGGCGGCCAUCAGACCAUCAGCCCCGACACCGGGGCCCCCGGGCACCGCCCCGCCACCGCCACCGCCCGGCGCUAUAUACACUUCAAACUGGACGAGAGGACGGCCCACAGCUGCCUGGACCUGUUUAAGGGGAACACGGGUGUGAUCCACCGGCUGCUGGGGGUGGAGCUGUCGCGGCUGCCCAGCAACGCAGAGCGAUUCCGCGACUGGGCCGUGGUGCUGGCGGACUCGCCCUUGUCCAGCGGACGCCAUUACUGGGAGGUCACGGUGAAACGGUCGCAGGAGUUCCGCAUCGGCGUGGCUGAGGUGAACAUGUCCAGAGAGGAGUGUAUCGGGGCCAACGAGACCUCGUGGGUUUACGCCUACAUGCAGCGCAAAUGGUACAGCAUGGCCUCGAACGAGGUGGUCCCCGUCAGCCUGUUCGGGAAGCCGCAGAGAGUGGGAUUGCUCCUGGACUGCCAGGGCCGGAAGCUCAGCUUGGUGGACGUUGAGAAAGGCUCCGUGGUUGACACGAUGCUGAUUGAGAUGCGAUCGCCAGUGACACCAGCCUUCGCUCUGUGGGACGGACAACUGGUAACUCACCCAGGCCUGGAAACACCGGAAGGUGUCUGACUCCCUGGCCGGUUAGUGCCUCGGACACUGACUUUCUGUUCACUGGCCGUUUGUCCGUCCGUAGUGUUUCAGGACUUGUCUGCCCUAUGUGUUCUGGGCAGAUGUGAGUGUUGACAGCAGUGUUUUCUCUCCCUCUGCCCCCACCCACCAGGAGAAACAUUUGAGUUCCCGCUGCAGUUACGAUCUGUGGAAUCUCCAGAUAAUACUCAGUAAACUCCAGAUCCUCUUGUGGCAUUCGCAGCGAUUAUCGGGGAAUCUGACCACAGGCGCCCGGGCACUGAAUGCCGAUUGAAGGGCAGUGAGUGAUGUGUUCUCGUGGUGUGAGUGUGAGCAGAAUGUGUGGGUGUUUGUGGUGUGAGUGUGAGCUGUGAGUGCUGGGCCCCUGGUGAGUGUGAGCAGAGGAUGCCCCGUUUGUGUAUCCAAGUGGCAGAACUUUCACUCGUCUUUCAGAUGUUUCACCCACAAAACACACAGUCACCACACUUUACUUUGAGACUUUUUGAGGCUCUUUGAGACUUCUCGAAGCCGCGAUAAGACGCUGUAUCAAGUGCAAGGAUUAUUAGUAUUGAAUCUUGCGCGGCUGAGGCAGCAUUUUGUGGCUUUUCUCGCGAGCUGUUCCUUGCAAGAGGGAGAGAUCAGCAAAGUGACCCGCGAGGGGAUUGAGGAAGGAACGAACACCGGGAGUGUGAAAGAGACUGCGUGUGUGGUGAUGCGGGGACUUUGGUCUCCAUCGAUUAUAGACCAUCGCUGCUUGGAAUCCCCAGCAUUUACCAUUUUCAUUCCGGGCUUGAACAGACUUCCUCACUGCUCGCCCGGUGUUUCCUGGGAAGCCCCUGUCCCGAGGGUGUGGGGGCAUCGGUGUCCCGUCCCCCACACGCGCCGUGCGGUUGAGGUCUGGCCGUGGCCGGGACACACGGGUCAGGUUUGAUGACGAUCAAUUUCGCGGUGAAGAUUGAUUUUGAUGAUAAUCGGUUUGUAGCUUUAACGAAGAUCAAUAAAAGCAGUUGUGUCGCAUUGUG